GUUUGGUAUAAUCUGUGCUCUUACGAUUUAUAGUCAUAUACAUACAUACAUAAGUACACAGUGAGCCGCUUUGGUCUUAACUAGAUAACUAUUUUCUUUGAAAUAGCAAACAAAUUUGCGAUGGUGUGAAGCAAACACAAAACUAUAAACUUUAGUUACGAAAUAAGCAAGUACAUUUGCAGCUUAUUUAGCCGAAUUUAUGUUAAGGAAAGUGGGGUGCACCCUAAUGGUUCGCAAAAAGCAUCGGAUGUAAAUACAAGGUCCAGAAACGGAUUUAGAUUUGCAAGGCACGCUAUGUCAGCAAUAUGCCAAAGAGUCCGCUAAUAAAAUAGUAACACUAGACACAAAAAAAGUGUUCCUAUUGUUUCCAAUAAUGGAAAAUUUUGUCUUUGUGCGUGCGUUUGAAUCGAUACUGUGCUGCCAGCAUUAGAUGCAAAACGAGUUCAAGGGAUUUACACUCACAACGGAUGGAUUUUACGCACUUUUGUCACACAUGUGCGAAAUGUAAGAACUAAAAUGUUUCACUGAAUGUUAAGCAUGAUCUGCAGUUUUGGGAGUUGCUAUAGAAAUACUCGCCCGUGUUAUUCUGGUUAAUGAAAAGUUGAAAAAUAUCUCAAGUGUUUUCAGUAUUCUAUGAGCUGACGAUCAGAAGACAAUUCUGUGGAGAUCGCAUUCCACAACAAAGAAUUUUCGCACGCAAAUGGUGUUUGUCUUCAUUCGACGCUUUGUUACUUUCACUUUUCAUUGACAGUUCUAUUGUUCUUGCCACUUGCGGGUUGCCAAGAUUUAAAGGGUUGUGCUGCCAUCGCGAUAGGAAACUGCAGUUUCCCUUUCGAUUUGAUAGAUGAAGAUUCCAUCUGCUUUGAAGAGAAGCGCGAUGCGAUGUCAUAUAUCAAUUUUGAAUUGUUUCCCCAAAAUCAACGUGAAUUUAUAUUGUGUUAAUUUUUCCGUACUCUCAUAAAAAUAUUCCUGGCAGAAUUUGCAAGCGAAUUUUAUAAAAUGACUUCUGCGGAGGAGAGCCCGAAGUUGGAUGCAUUAGUGUGGUUUUGAAUGUGAGGUUUAGAGUUGAACAAACAAUUGCUCAGCUUGUAGUUUCUGCAUUACUUAUUAUUUUCUGAGGAGACAGCUGAAAAUCUCGCUCCUGCUGUUACUUUGUACACUUUUGGCAUAAACCUAUUGAAAGGUGUUAAAAUACUUGCAGACAUUGCAGCAGUUUUUUUCUUACUUUCGUAAUGGAAGAACGUUUGUUCAAUAAGUAUACGAGUUUUCACCUUUUAACACCAAGAAAGUAAAAAGACUGUUUCUCUUGUUGUCGACAUUAAUUUUGAUAAACUGGUGUCGACUAAAAUGGUGAGAAUUCAUAGAAGUUUCAAACUAUCGAUAGUCGUUAUCGUUUUACUGAGAGUGAGUUGCCAUCCCCAAAUUACUUUUGGAAACGCUGCUGAUAUGUCAGUCAUUACUAAGAACUUAACACGGAUCUCUUUUCGUUAUGUAAACGUCGCUGUUAUAUAAUAUUUACAUUUUCGCAUACCCUUCACCCCGCCUAUAGAAGAACUUAAUUUUUAUCGUUCAGUUUGUGGAACAGUUAUAUACUAUAGUGGUUCGAUGUCGCGAUUCCGCAAAUGAGCGGAUAGUUAAGGAGAAGUGUGCGAAAUUUCAACGCGAUAUCUAAUAAACUGAGAGGUUAGUUCGUGAAAACUCAGCCGAUGGAGAUACUGACAUCAACUAAGCUUCAUGGAAGCUUAAUACACCCUAUGCUGUUCGGGGUAUAAAAUUCGGAAAUUUAAUGAUAAAAAUUAGAAGAACUAAAAGUAACCAAGGCAUCUUUUAAAGCAAAAAAAAUUAGAAUCGAACCGUCACAUCAGUACCAAAUUCGGUAUGAGGUAAUAGUCUCAUGAACAAGUGGCAUAUACUCGUAUGACCAUGCAACUCAUUCUUAUCAACUCUGUGCAAUCACAAUGCACUAUAAAACGUACAAAGAAAAACUCAUGAAUGUUCGUAAUGGCAUCGAGGUGAUAGCGGUCAGUUUUCGUAUGAGCAUGUCAACAUCCCGAAAGAAUCAAAUCAAAGUACAGUGACAUGUUGAACGAUGCACAGACUUUGGACGCAGCAAUGUAUUCAGAAAUGAAUAAUAGCGCAUAUAAUGUUCUUGCAAUGGUACGAGUUCACAUAUAUUCAAAUACCAUACUCAUUUUUUGUUGCACUAAAGUCGGUGUACCAUUCGAUUCCUCAAACCUAAAUUGAGAAGCUGAUAUUGGAAUGAGUGGAUUGCUCUGAGUAACUGGUAGUCAAGAUUUUAUGAGCAUUUAAUGCAUCUUAGUUGUAUAUGGCAAGUUAGCUAAUAAUAUCGCCUCUAGUAAUACAACAAUAUCAACACCAAAAUUAUUAUAAUUGAAAUACAAAAUACAUUCACCAUAGGUGCACCCAAAGAGGUAUAACUCUGACCAGUUCAAUAUAAUAAUGGCUCUCCAAAAUUUUUCUAAAUUCAAACCGCUAUAAAUUUAACUUGGACAAUUUGAAAUAUAAUUUUUUAAUUUAUAACCGUGCCCGAAUCAGUUCGGGAGUACUAUAACGGAAGUGAUUGGCAUGAGCACUGUGCAUAAAAUGCAUCAAAUUUGGUAUGAGUACAUAUUCGCAAGUAUUUAUGGUUUUGGGGAUGCAUUGCCAACCAAAGAAAAGUGCAUAAGCAAUGCCAAAAAUGCAUUUUAGGAGCACUUAUGUACAUACCGUAUGCCGGCAGCCCCCACCGUGCGCCAUUACUGGACGUGAGUGAGUGUACGUAAAAAAGCUUGCAAAAAGCAAAGCAUGAGCAAAAAUACUUACUAGCAUUACAAAUGUUUUCUUUGGGGUUGCAAUUGCAUUUAUAUGUGUACUCCACAACAGCUAAACAAACAAACGUAUGCAGUUUAUGUCUCACAGCGCGCAAAAUUUUAGGGCUCCAAGUACAUAACGCAUAUACAGGCAAGUUUCGUCAUGAGAUUGCAAUGCACUGCAUUGCAAGCCUACUGCUUGGGUUGUUACAUAGAUUUCGGGUAGACCGCCAGUCCAACAAAGUUUACAUCGACCAAACGCAAUCAAAGCCAAAAGUGCAACGCCACGCCAACACAAAAUGGCCGUUACUGCCACCUAUUCUGAACGGUUCUACUCAGCGACAUUUAGUCAAACUGCCUUUGGUUGCAUGUGACGGCCCAAGCCACAGCGCAGCAAUUUAUGAAUCGAUCGCGUCUUCCACGCCACUCAUUGGCCUCUGGAUGAGCUUGCGAAAUUGCAAAUAAUGAACUUUCCGUGGCGGUUUUGUUUGCACUGAAUGCAAUUCAGGAUUUUCAUUUUCAUUUUUCUUGCAUUCUUGUUAGCAAUGCAGCCGCUGCUGCGACAACAACAGCAGCAAAGCAUACACGUACGUUCAAGUCAACAGUCUAAAAGUCGUGAUCGGCUCAGCGACCGGCACUCACUAAUACCGGUCGAACGAAUAAGCACAAAAGUAGAUAUUUAUUAUCCUUGCAUCCUUGCGUAUAAACACACAUGUAGAAAUGACUGGGUGCAGGUUGGUAUGUGCUGCGGAAAGCAAUGGGUAAAAAGUGAAAAUCAAAUUUCAAAUGCUGAGUCGCUUCGAGGAUUGGGCUUCAAUUGAAAUUGGCCGGCACAACAAAGCAGACGUAUGUUGGACGUAAAUUGCAAUUGCUUUGGGUUGCCCUCAUGAGCUGGCGUUUGCAUCCCGGCCUCUGCAUAUAUGGAAACAAAGUGGUGUAGCCACCGCGAAGUUUGCAUUUCACGAAAUGCAAUUCGGUGCAGCAGCCAACUUUUCAAUUAGAAAGAUACGCUGCACUUAUUCAGUACAAUGAUUUUUUCGUCCGCCUUCCGUUCCUUUUCGCCUACCAUAAGUACAGUCAUCGGCAUCGUCGUUGGUGCAGCGGUAAAUAUUGCAUGAUGUGCACAUAUUUCCGCUUGUUAGGCAUAUUUCUACAAUUUUUGUGAAUUUCCAUGCGUUUUUUUGCAUUUUUUUCGUUCUUCCUAAUCUUUGGUAAUAAGAGCGCAUUAUCUGCGCUCUGCCAAGUGCAUUUGAGUUGCGGGCUGUGAUAAGUCUGGCAAACAGCUCCCUUCUCCCGCUUACAGCUUGGCGACUCAUGAUCUGCGUGCCUGCGUCUCCGUACAGUGCCAAGCACAUCCACCGCAAUCUAUUUUGCAUUCGUCGCAUCCAUGCAACACGGGGCUUUCUGCUGCGUCUGAUUCGUGGGUAACCUCGCAAAGUCGAAUUUUAAUUUAUUUGCAACAUUAUGCACUUUUCGUGGGCUUACAACCAUCACUAGUGCAGCAGGCAAUUGUAAUUAUUUCAAGUGCUGCAGCACAAUACGAUAACGUUAGACUGUGCAUUGUUCGGCAGGCGUAAAAUCAAAAAAUACAAAAGCGGAAUUGGAAACUAAAAACGAUUUAAUGCACUAGGAACUUUUAUACUUGCUCACACACAUAUACUUCCACAUACAUAUAGAUAGUGAAACAAAAACCUUGUUUGCUCACAUAAGAAAGAAUUUUCCUUAUUAGCAGUACGUAUAUUCCUUGUGCAAAUGAGGUUAUGCCGUCAGCUUUUUCGCACCGAUAAACCACAAUGGAAAUCGGCAAUGUUUGAAAAACUGCUGAGACAGAAUUCAGUCUGGACUCAUUACUAUUUGGAAUUAUGCAGGUAUUUUCGUCAAUCGAUCAAUAUUAGUGUCAUGAAUCGAACUUUCUGCACUUUCGGAGGAGCGACGAAAAAAAUAUAUGUAUGUCUAUCAAUUUUGCGGAAUCUCUGAAGAGAUACGUUUAUACUAUAAUAACCGAAGGCACUCUCUACCUCACUGGAGACGGUUUUUGGUCACGUUAAAAUGUCGAACAUACGCGACUAAGGAUUGAACACGGUUGGCGCUUUGAGCCUACCUCAGAUUUUUUGAGGUGGCCAAUACAAUUUCGGUUCUUCCGUCAGAUUCUACAAAAAUAUGACUGCCGAGAUGUUUCAACCGCAGUUUUGCAACAACAAAAGGGCCCUUUGACAAAUUGCGUUCGACAGAUUUUUGCCUUACUGCAUGUCUGGCUAUUGGAGAAUGUCUAAUAAGGAUGUCAAGCGAAGCCCGUAGAAGAAUCCCCAGCUCGUUCACAAUACGAUACAAUUAGGAUAAAGAUAUAGUGGUGAUACAGGAGACGGUCUUACUGGAGCUUAUUUUACUAGACCGCAGUAACGUAACCAGCAAAGUAAAUACGUUUUAGCAAUCAAAUGUUCUUCAAUAUUUUUAAAAUAAAUAAGUUAUGUUUGAGAAAUCUGGAACAUAUGUGCUCGUUAAACGGUUUCGACGCGAAAAUGCUGAAAACGCUUUAGCUUUGAUAAGUGAGUCAAAAGAAAAAGUCAGCAGCGUUAAGGAACAACCCCCGCAGCGUUCCAAGAAAUCUGUUAAGGAAAACAAGGAAAGCAGAAAAGAAACAGUCAAUCAACAAGAUGUGCAAUCGCAUAAUAAAACAGUCAGUGAUACGCCGUUUAUAAGAGGAGUGAUCUAUUGGAUAAAAACAAUAUUAUACUAUGCAAUAUUUUAUGCGGGAUUAUCCAUCUUAUUUUACAUUUGCUUUACGAUAUAUAAACUAACGUUGCCAGAGGAUGCUCCGCGAGCAUCGAAAUUGCAGCCUUCCUUAGUGUAUUACCCCAACUAUGAAUCCUAUUAUCUUAACCGUAUAUCUUGGAAUACUUACGAUAAGAAGGACGUUGAUCUUAUUGUUACCAAUAUAAAUACCUUCCUAGAGAAAUUUGGUACGCGUCGCGAGUUCGGUAAUUGCAGUGUCAAUGAUUCUUAUGGUUACAAGACUCGUAAUCCGUGUGUAUUCCUGAAAGUUAACCGAAUCGCGGGCUUUCAAGUGGAUCCCAUUGAAAAUGUUCGUGAAUUGCAAAGGAGUGAACGUGUUUUAAAGAAAGUCAUCGACAGUCUUUCUCCAGAUAAACGUAAGGGACGUCUAUGGAUAUCAUGCAAAUCGAAUUCUUGGGUUAAUAUCGAAUAUUUUCCUCAAUCGCGUUCAAUACCCAUGGAACAAAUAAACACCCAGCAACCCGUGUAUAAGACAAAUAAUGGCUCCUCUUACUCUCAGGGUGAUUACGACCAUAUUGUAACUAUACAAAUUAUAAAUAUACCACAAGACCAGCUUUUCAAUGUUAAUUGCAAGAUGUUUGCGAAAAAUAUUGAGAAUGAUGACAACAAUAAUCCGUGGAUGGGCGGUGUCAGUUUCGACAUGAUUUUAUUGACAGAUUAGCAUUGAAUAUUUAAUAAAAACAUGAGGAAUGGCGGAUAUUUUAUGCAUUUUUUUUUCAGACUUGUUUUUGAAAACGUUUUAAGAGUUGUUUACAUAUCCAUUUGAAAGGACUCCGCCUAGCAACACACAUAUUUGACCGAGAUUUUCAAAAUGGCUGAACUUACCGAAGUAUACCUACUGUUCAGAGAACUAGUGAAAUUUUUGAAGUUUUAGGUACUUUGGGUUUAUAUGCAUAUAGAUUCUAUAUCUUUAAAUCUAGCAUUUUUUAGUCACAGUGUAGAUGUGCAAUCGCAUAAUAAAAUAUCCCCUCAGUUCAAUCAGCUCAAUGAGUUUAUAUUUAAACGCGUUUUCCUCAAAAUCCCACGUCCCAAACUUGUUUUCGAAGACAAAUCAUCCGAUCGCUUUGACUGUUUUCUACUAAUUUUGUAUACUUUGCCCAUUAACUUUUUCGAUUCAAUGAAAAGUGUAGUUUCGGUGGACCAAAAGUCAUCUAAUUUUGUACAAAAUUUUCCCUUUUAUUUUUCAAAGUCUGG